UGCACCUGCCUAAACCUCAGCCAUCGCCCUUCAGUGGCACUAUCAUUCAGUACGAGGCGCCACCCGCCCGUCACGUGCCUUCAUCCCCACCCGCUUCUCUAAAUCCUCUUCUCUCGGUUUGACAUUUAAACCCACACCGCCCCCUCAUCAGUCAUCACCACCCUCGUUCUCUGCUCUUUAGCAUGACCCCCUACGGCGCAUGUUAGAACCCUUUACGCCGGACGAUGACUGACGCUCUGUCCCCGCCUCCGGCAUGGUUUCCCGGGAUUUUUCCAGAUGAAGGCGUCACACGGGAAAACUCUUCGUCUUCGUCUUCGUCUUCGUCUUCCAAGGAGGGUUUCAGCACUAGCAGCAUUGUUACUGUGAUUCUCGUCGUCUCCUCUGCGUUUUUCGUCUCUAUCAUUCUCUAUCUCCUCCUCCGCUACCUCAGUCGCCGUUGUAGCGAACGCCUCCACUCUGACGACGUCGUGCUCCCACCUGUCGACUCUGACCGCCGCUUCUCCAGUAGACGCGUGUCGCCGGAAGACUUGUCGCUGAUCGAUUCUCUGCCUCUCUUCACUUUCGGCUCUGUCAGGGGCCGCAACUCAUCCUCCGAAGGCGAUUGCGCCGUGUGUCUCUCCAAGUUUGAGCCUCACGAUCAGCUUCGGCUGCUUCCGAUCUGCUGCCACGCGUUCCAUGCUCGAUGCAUCGACACGUGGCUGGCAUCCAAUCAGACGUGUCCUCUGUGUCGAUCUCCGAUAUUCGCGACGGAAGCGGAUUUUAUGAAGGCCAUACUCGCGUCGACGAACGCUGGCGAUAGUUUCCGGAUCGAGCUCGGUUCAGUGAGUCGGCGGCGAUCGGCAUCGGAAUCCGGAGAGGCGAGACGAUCGUACUCUGUAGGCUCGUUCGACUACAUCGUCGAUCAUGAGUCCGAGGUUACCGUGGCCUCCACCCAUCGACGAGGAGGCUCUGAGAGUAGCGCAGCGGAAAAAGACAAGGAUGACGCCGGAGCUCAGUCGAAUCAACUUGCGCCGGAGCCUCCGGGGCCUAGCACCGCGGCGGAGGUAGCUUCAGGACGAAGCUGGUUGAAGGAUUAUGUAGACAGGUUGUCUUCGACGGCGUCGUUGUCAAUCUCCUCACGUGCGCUAUCGUUCCGGAGCUCCGGCAGGUUUUUCACCGGAAGCAGUCGCCGCAAUGAAACUGCCAGCGUCGGCGAGUGGGAUUUGGAGGCGAAUCGGGUUGGAGAAGAGAUAAGCGAAAUGUUUCGGUGGUUUUCGGGGAUAUAAUGGUAAUUUCGGUCCAUAGCUAGGGUAUUUUCUCAUUCAUUUUCAGCCAAUUUUCCUCCUACCUCUCUGUAGAUAAAAAAACAAAAAGCAGGGAUAAUUUGGUAAAAAGAAUUAGCUCCAGUUGCAUCCUGACCGUUCAUCAGAGCAGAGGUGGACGGCACAGAUUGAAUUGAGGCAGCAUUCGUCAGAAAAUUCAUAAAAAUGCUGCCAUCCUCCACCACCAGUGAGGAUAAAAUUGUAGAAAAUUGCAUUUUUGAGAUGAAAAAAAGUAUAUUAUUAAAUUUGGAUGGAGCUGUAACGGGAAAGAAGAAAGACGGUGGGUGUGUUCACUGUUCAUUUGGGACCUGUGAUUUGGUAGGCCACGACAGACGGAAUUAAAUGGCCUCUCUUCAUUUAUGGAAAUCAACAACCUUCUUCUA